CAUUGUCUCAUAUAAACCGAAUCUGCGCAGCCAUCCUUUCUCUUAUUAAAAUCCCAGAAUGGCUGCCGGGACUUUGUACACUUAUCCGGAUAGUUUCCGAGCGCAAAAAAUCUUGAUCGCUGCUGAAUACAGUGGAACCAAGAUAAAUCUUCCACCAUUUGAAGCAGGAAAGGAUAACAAAACUGCCGAAUUUGUACAGAAGUUCCCAUUAGGAAAGGUUCCUGCAUUUGAAACCAGUGAUGGCAAAUGUUUGUAUGAAAGCAAUGCUAUUGCCUACUAUGUCUCAAAUGAAAAUCUUUAUGGGACCAACAAGGAGGAUGCAGCAUUAAUUCAACAAUACAUCAAUUUUGCUGACCAGGAAAUCCUGCCAGCAGCUGCCACCUGGGUAUUUCCAACUCUGGGACUCAUGCAGUACCAGAAACAGGCUACUGAUAAAGCCAUGGAAGAUGUCAAGAAAUACCUCACCAUCCUAAACAACACCCUGUUGACCAAGACAUUCCUUGUUGGAGAGAGAGUUACACUUGCUGACAUUGCUGUCUGUUGCAAUCUUUUGAUGCUCUACAAACAAGUAAUGGAUAGAGCUUUCCGUGCCCCAUAUGGAAAUGUCAACAGGUGGUUUGUUACUCUGGUCAAUCAACCUCAAUUCAAAAAUAUCCUUGGUGAUGUUAAGCUUUGUGAAAGUAUGGCCAAAUUUGAUGGAAAGAAGUAUGCAGCCCUUCAUCCUAAAAAAGAUGACAAGAAAAAAGCCCCAAAAGAAGAAAAAAAACAACCAAAGAAAGAGGAGACAAAAAAAGAGGCAAAGCAGGAAGAGGAGAAACCCAAACCAAAGAAGAAAGAACUGUUUAGUGAUUUGCCUCCAACUUCAAUGAGUAUGGAUGCUUGGAAGAAAGUCUACUGUAAUGAGGACACUGAAAAAGUAGCUAUCCCAUAUUUCUGGGAAAAUCUGGAUAAAGAGGGCUAUUCCAUCUGGUUUGCUGAGUACAAGUACAAUGAUGAGUUAGCCAGGAUGUUUAUGACUGCUAACUUAGUCAAGGGCAUGUUCCAGCGACUAGAAAGGAUCAUGAAGACCUGCUUUGGAAGUAUUUUAUUGUUUGGUAAAGACAAUGAUGCAGCAAUUGCUGGUAUUUGGGUGCUGAGAGGACAGCAACUUGUUUUUGAUCUUGACGAAAGCUUGAAUGUGGAUUCCCCGUCUUAUAAAUUCACCAAGCUUGAUCCUGACAAUCCAGAAGACAAGAAGAAGAUCAAUGAUUAUCUUUUAUGGCCUGAAAACUUGACAUAUGAUGGAAAAGUAUUAUAUGAUGGUUACAUGUUUGUCUAAUAACACCUGUAAUAUUCUCUAAAUUGUUGAAUAAAAGACAGUUAUUAGUAUUGACUUA